AUGGCGUCGAAAAACACUGAAUCCGCUGAAGGCGGCUAUCCUUCAUACGGCAAUCCGCCUGGUGCUUAUGUCCCCCCAAUUGGAACUGUUGUGAUGCCAAACACUGGCCCCACUCCAGCACAGCCAUACACCCCACUACCUCAGUCUGAAGGUGGACCUAAACAUGGGACUGGACCUCAAUAUGGGACUGGAACUAAACAUGGGACUGGAACUCAGUAUGGAGGUGGACCUUACUAUGGGGCUCCUCCACCAGCCCAGCGUCGGGAUUGGCAGAACGGCUUGUGUGUUUGCUGUGGAGAUUGCGACUCCUGCUUGGAGUCAUGGUGUUGCUACUACUGCCAACUCUCCCGACAAUACAACCUCUUGUACGAAAACAUACCCUCCAUCAAUUGGGCAGUGGCCAUGGGAGCAUUACUUGGUGACUACUGUUUGGGUUGUCUCGUGUCCACUGUGGUGCAGUGCAUGUUGCGUGCCAGGGUUCGACAACGGCUCUCUCUUCAGGGUUCUGAUUGCGAUGAUGCUUGUAUGUCGCUUUGUUGUUCUUAUUGCAGUUUACAGCAGUCAUUGUUGGAGCUAACGGAUGCAGGACUCUUCCCCGGGGCUUGUUGCUACAAUAAGGCCCCAGGAUCUCGCACAAUGGAGUGA